AUGUCAAGAAUCAUUCAAGAGAAGAAGCUAGGUGCAGGACGUGUUGUUGCAGUAGCCAUUGAAAACAACAAAACAAGCCAAUACGCUGCUAAAUGGGCUGUUGAUAAUCUUCUUCCUAAAGAUCAACAUCUUUUGUUACUUCAUGUUAGACAAAGAGCUUCUUCAAUUCCUACAACAAAUGGAAACCUUAUAGCUGUUGAUGUCAAUGAUGAUGUUGCUAGAGCUUACAUGCAUCAAAUGGAUAACGAAUCGAGAGAGCUUUUCUCUUCGUUUCGUGUCUUCUGCAAUAGAAAGAAUAUAUUGUGCAAAGAAAUCUUGUUGGAAGACUUGGAUGUAUCUAAGGGUAUAAUCGAUGGUAUUACGACAUAUUCCAUUGAGCUUCUUGUUCUUGGAUCGCCGUCAAGGAGUGGUCUUGUAAGAAGAUUUAGGACAACUGAUGUUCCUAAUCUUGUGUCGAAAGGAGCGCCUGCGUUUUGCACGGUGUACAUUAUUUCCAAAGGAAAAAUCUCGUCUGUGAAAACCGCUACUAGUCCUUUAACAGUGAAACCCGUAGCGCGUAGCAAUGCUAUACAGAUGCCACAACAGCUGCAGCAAAGUCCUGAUACAUUCGAUCUACAACAGUUAAUGCGAAACCAGCCGCCACAACAGCUGCAGCAAAGUCCUGAUAGAUUCGAUCUACAACAGUUAAUGCGAAACCAGCCGCCACGACAAACAUCAGAGAAACCAUCGUUACUUUCACACCUUCAAGACAAAGAAGAUGAAAUCAAAUCACCAUUUAUGAGAGGCGGAAGACCAGUUCACAGACCGUACGAGUCUACGAUAAAUGAGUCUGAUAUCUCAUUCGUGAGCAGCGGAAGGCCAAGUAUUGAUAGGAUGUUCCCUUCGUUUUACGAAGAAAUGGACUCUGUAAGUGGAAUGACCCCCCGGCUUUCAGGAGGCUCGGAUUAUGAUAUUAGAAGCUUCGGUUCGUCUUUCUCGGGUGCUAAGUCAAUUGAUCAGAAUGACUAUUCAUUCUGUUCACAAGACAGUGGAAUGUCCAUGUCACCGCAACUAAAGAUAUCAAGCUCGGAUGAAGUAGAAGCUGAAAUGAGGAGAUUGAGAAUAGAGCUGAAGCAAACAAUGGAAAUGUAUAAUUCAGCUUGCAAGGAAGCAUUGACAGCCAAACAAAAGGCAAUGGAACUUCAGCGUUGGAAAUCUGACGAACAAAGGAAAGUCGAAGAUGCGAAAUUAUCUGAAGAAACAGCAAUGGCAGUAGCUGAGAAAGAGAGAGUGAAAAGCAAAGUUGCGAUGGAGGCAGCAGAAGCAAGUAGAAAAAUUGCAGAGUUGGAAGCACGGAAAAGAGUGGAUGCGGAAAUGAAAUCUAACACAGGAGCAGACAGUUUCUUACAUGGUCCGGCUAGGUACCGAAGAUACACUAUUGAGGAAAUAGAAGAAGCAACAAAAUACUUUUCAAGCUCGCUGAAGAUCGGUGAAGGAGGUUAUGGACCAGUCUAUAGGGCUGAACUAGAUCACACUGCAGUUGCAAUAAAAGUGUUGAAACCCGAUGCAGCUCAAGGACGGUCACAGUUUCAACAAGAGAUUGAAGUUCUUAGUAGCAUAAGGCAUCCAAACAUGGUUCUUCUCCUUGGAGCGUGUCCGGAGUUUGGUUGCCUAGUGUAUGAGCACAUGAGUAAGGGAAGCUUGGAUGAUUGUCUCUUUAGGAGAAAUAAUAGUAAGUUUCGGGUUCUACCAUGGCAGCUAAGAUUCCGAAUUGCGGCGGAGAUUGCCACCGGGCUCCUUUUCCUUCACCAGACAAAACCAGAACCAUUGGUGCACCGUGACUUAAAACCAGGAAAUAUUUUGCUCGACCGGAACUAUGUGAGCAAGAUUAGUGAUGUAGGUUUGGCAAGGCUUGUCCCUCCUUCAGUUGCAGACACGGUGACACAGUAUCGCAUGACAGCAACUGCUGGAACUUUCUGUUACAUUGAUCCGGAGUACCAGCAAACGGGCAUGCUGGGAACAAAGUCUGAUAUUUACUCACUUGGUAUCAUGCUUCUGCAGUUGAUAACAGCAAAGCCACCGAUGGGUUUGAGUCACCAUGUUGCAAAAUCUAUUGAGAGAGGUACUUUUGGUGAGAUGCUUGAUCCUGCUGUUGAAGAUUGGCCAAUUGAACAUGCUAUGCAUUUUGCCAAGCUUGCUCUUCAGUGUUCUGAAAUGAGAAAAAAAGAUAGACCUGAUCUUGGGAAAGUUAUUUUGCCGGAGCUUAACAAACUCAGAGAUUUUGCUGAGGAAAACAUGCCUAUGAUGAUGAUGUUUGGUGGUGGUGGAGGAUUCAAUCAAAGAAAUAAUUUUUCUUCGCAAUCCACGUUAUCCUCAUCAAGUCAAGACUCAAUGAGUGAUUCCCAGUCAAUGUCUGGAAUGUCUGGAUAUGAAAGCCGUUCAAGUUCAUCUUCAGUAGGGAAAAUGUAA